AUGGAAAAUCCCCUGUCCAAGGUGGAGGGUCCACUGAGGCUUCGCAACACAGAUUACAAUGUGGCUUGGAUCUGUGCCCUUCCCAUCGAGAUGGCUGCCGCUCGGGGCAUGCUGGACAAGAUCCAUGCCGAUUUGCCCAUAGACCCUCAAGACAGCAAUGCCUACACCGUGGGUAGCAUCGGACUUCAUAACGUCGUGAUUGCCUGCUUGGGGGAAUAUGGGACCAACAAUGCAGCUCAUGUGGCAGCGAACAUGAGUAGAAGUUUCCCGUUGAUCAAAGUCCGGCUUAUGGUAGGUAUUGGAGGAGGUGCGCCUUCAGACGAAUUCGAUAUACGGCUUGGAGAUAUUGUCGUUGGUCGCAGAAUCAUGCAAUAUGAUUUAGGAAAGAUUACUCGCAGCGGCGAGUUUGAGCGGACAAUCGUUUUGAGCAAUCUACGCCCGGAACUCUCCUCAACUAUCUCCAAGCUACGGGCAAUUCAUGAGUCUAAUCCCACCUCAGUUCCCUCCCUUGUGCAGGAAAUGGUUCAAAGGAAUCCGGGCAUGGCUAGGUACUCUUAUCCUCAAGACUCAUCGGACAUGCUUUUCUCUGCAGAAUAUAGCCACUACUCGAAGUCGACUUCCUGCGACCAGUGUGAUAAAUCGCAGCUUAUAAAGCGAUGUGAACGAUUGAGCACGACUCCUGAGAUACAUUAUGGAGGUAUUGCCUCAGCAAACCAGGUUAUUAAGCAUGGAGUAAGCAGAGACCGGAUCGCACAGGAACUCAACAUCAUCUGCUUCGAGAUGGAAGCCGCCGGAUUAAUGGAUCACUUCCCAUGCCUAGUCAUACGAGGCAUCUGUGACUAUUGCGAUUCGCAUAAGAACAAGACCUGGCAGAAAUACGCGGCAGCUAAUGCGGCAGCGUAUGCAAAGGAGAUUCUCAACAUGAUGGCGAUGACUGCCCCGAGACCGUCCGCGAGCCACCAAAUAGACGCCUCUAAGAUGUUGAUUAAACUUGCGGCAGUGGAAAAGGCCAAACACCGGCGUGACUUAAUGGGCUCGUUACAAUUCCACGAAAUGUACUGGCGCCAGUCCAACAUCAAAUCCGCCCAUCCAGUAACCUGCGAGUGGCUGCCUGAGCAUGAAUUGUACUUGACUUGGGCUGACGCUGGGAGGCUUGGUGAUCAUCACGGCUUCCUGUGGAUUAGCGGAAAGCCCGGAAGCGGCAAAUCUACCAUGAUAAAGUUCCUGUCUUCUCAAGAAAAGAAAAUCGCCGAGAUUAAUACAUGUGUGAUCUCUUUCUUUUUCAACGCACGUGGCGAGGAUGUGGAGAAAUCCACAACUGGCAUGUACAGAUCCAUCCUCUUCCAACUUCUGGAGAGGUUUCAAGAUGUUCAGUCAAUCCUUGACGACUCAAGUCUGGUUCCGCUUGGCCAAAAGGGCUGCCCCUCUCUCGACGUCCUCCAAGAGCUCUUUAGGAAUGCGAUGCCUCUUCUUGGGCAACGCUCGGUGAUUUGCUAUAUAGACGCUCUUGAUGAAUGCGACGAAGACCAAGCCCGAGACAUGGUAGAGCAUUUUGAAGACCUCUGCCAGCAAGCCGUGGAACAUGGCCAUAGAUUCAGGAUAUGCUUCUCCAGUCGCCAUUAUCCCUAUAUUCACAUUAGAAACGGCAUUAGAAUAACACUGGAAGACCAAGCUGGCCACAGAAAGGACUUGGAUGCCUACAUACGCAGUCGUUUACAGACAGGCAGAAAUCCAGAGGCUCAAGACAUUCAUGAUAAAGUCCUUCACAAGGCGGCUGGGGUUUUUAUGUGGGUUGUCCUGGUCGUCGAGAUUCUCAACAAAGAGUUCCAACGAGGUCGCUUGUUCGCCGUGCGAAGGAAGCUGGAAACCAUUCCUGACAAGCUUGGCAAUAUAUUCAGGGACAUAUAUCUCCGUACUGGCAUGGACCGUCAGGAGCUUAUACUGUGCUUACAGUGGAUUCUGUUUGCAAAAAGACCCCUGACACCAAUCGAACUGUACUAUGGUAUCCUCUUCGGGCUAUCGGAUUUGGAACAUUCCGAGAUUCUGACCUCAUCAAUUGAUUGCCUCUCCGUGGAAAAAUUUAUUCUCAGCUCUUCCAAGGGACUGGCAGAGGUAACUAAAGGACCCGAGCCAAGGGUUCAAUUUAUCCAUGAAACGGUACGCGACUUUCUCAUAAAAGGGGGUGGUCUUGGUGAGCUAUUAAGUCUUGAAAAAGCCUAUAUAGUCGCCUACAGUCAUGAGAAACUCAAACAAUGUUGCGAUGCCUACCUCAAUUCCGCCCUCUCAUCACCUCUUUCGGACGGCAUGUCGCUACGGUCAACCUGUCACUCAGUACCCCUUUCUUGGCACGCUCGUAGAAUAGAGAUAUCAUCCAAAUUUCCGUUAACGGAAUAUGCGUGUCUUGGGAUACUAUACCAUACAAAUUUUGCUGCCGUUGGAGUCUCUCAGGAUCGAUUUGUCGAAGAUUUCAAACUUGUUGACUGGAUUGCUCUCAGCAAUGUGUACAGAAAAUACGAAGCUAGGCAUCCGCAAAAUUUAAGCUUCGGGCGUGCUUUGAACAAGGAGGGCUACGUUCAUCUGAGCAAGAUUAUACAUGAAUCGACAGUGAAACUCGCCAGCGUGCUGCAUGAUGCAGUACUAAGGGCUGAUCACAACUAUGCCCGAGCAAUACUGGGCUUAGAAGGUUGCAAGUCUACCGAAGAUGACUCAACAAGCAGCUUACAGUGGCGUCUUUCAUCUCCCCCUGAACAUGCGGGCACCUUCGGCAACCGUUCCAUGAUCAUCCAUGCUGCAGAGCACGGCUUCAUCAGCGUGAUCAACUCCUUAAUUGACGAUAUUUUACCGAUAGGCAAUAGGGUUUUAGCAACGGUAUCCAAGGCCCCACCGCACGCCGCGAAGAGUCAGUUCGAUAUACCUAAUAGACUGGCUGCCCUAGCGGUAUUUGAUGAGCCGAAUUCCUCUCUAUGUUUGAAGAAUCUCCUAUCUCAAAUAGCGAGACAAGGAUUUACGGACAUUUCAGUUUUGCUGUGGGCAAGCGGCAUGAGAAUAAAAGACCAAGACUUGAUCGAAUUAUUAUUUCUCGCUCUUUCGAAUAAUCACAUCUCGAUGGCCAAAGUCCUUACCAGUGCCAUGUCCCCCGCUGGACAUGACCCAAUAGAGCUGCGACAGAAGAUGACAGCCUAUAUCGGUACACUGCCGACGUUAGAAAACUGCCCCCUUAGUGGCUUGCCGAGUUUAUAUAAUGCUAGAGAUUUAUGCUUGAUCCAUGGUAUUCCAUCAGGUACGGAGGACACUGAUGACUACCCAUUUCUUAGUGAGGACAUAGGCAGCGACGCAUUCAAUAAUGGUAACAUCGAUCUUCAGAUCCAUCCUACUCUGGCCUUUGCUGCCGCAGAAUUGGGAGAUGACGUUAUGUUGAAUUUUCUCAUCAAAGAAGGAACCGUGAUGUUGCAACGUCCAGAUGGCCAGAAUGUUCUAUCGUGCGCUGCAAGAAAUCUACACGAAAGCACUGUAGAACUCCUUGUCGAAGCAGGAGCCGAUGCACGCUGGCAAGACGAAUAUGGCUGUACACCUAUUGUAAGGGCUCUCGCCGCAUGGCGUGCCCGAGAGCAGGGAUUCUUCACGCCACGGCACGCCCAUAUCGCGGAGACGGCAUAUCAGGAUAUGGCAGGGACGCCAUAUUGGCACAUUGCGCAGACAGCAUAUUGGUAUAUUGCGGAGAGAGAAUACUGGAAGAGGAAGCUGAAGGCCAUAAUAGGCUUACUACUUGCUCGCAGCUCCAACUCCCAAGCCCGCAUCGAGGCCGGCAUACAAGUGAUCUUACUGUGGGCAAUCGACAAGAAUCUUCCGAACUUGGCCUUGGCCUUGGGCACUGUUGUUGGCAGCCAUGGUUCUCCAUUGCCGAAACGUGUCAUCUGGUGGUUGCCCGACCAAUAUUAUGAAGAGGGACCAACGAACUUUGAAGUAUAA